CACCCCCGGCCCGUGGAAGCGGCUCGGCCAUUCGUGACCUCGACUCAGACGGGGACACAGGUCCGGCCCGCAGCGCCCGCUCGUCCCCCGCUCCCCGCCCCUCUCUCCAGCUCCCCGCCCCCUCUCUCCAGCUCGGCGGCGCCAUGGUGGCUGCUCUCCGUCCGUGCGCGCUGCUGGCGGCGCUGGCCGUCAGCGGCGCGCUGGCCGCCUUCGACCCGUACGUGGCGGGCCCGUACACGGCCGGCCACCUGCUCAUCGGCGCCGCCUCGCAGACCGGGCUGCCGACGGACGUCAGCGUCUACGUGCCGGACGGCGCGGCCGGCGCCUUCCCCGUCAUCAUAUUCCUCACAGAGUUCCAGGACACGGUGCCGGCCGAGAUUCAGGAGGUGAUGCUGCAGCGGGUGGCCUCUCACGGGUUCCUGGUGAUCACGCCCUGGUCGCUGACCGAGUCCGGCGGGCCCACCGAGCGAGCCAUCCAGCUAGUAGAUGUCAUGGCCUGGAUCCACAGCACGCUGCCCGACUACAUCACCCAGAACGGCUUCCCGGGCGCGGUGCCCGACUUCGAGCGCACCACGCUGCUGGCCCACUCGGCCGGCUCACACGUGGCCGUCAGCUACCUGGAGGGCUUCUGCGAGCAGGAGACCAGCGUCAAAAGCCUCAUCCUGAUGAGUCCCGUAGACGGCUUCGAUCCGUUCGGCAUCGUGGACGAGUUCUGCAUCGUGCCUGGUCAGCGAGUCAACUUCACACUGCCUGCGCUGGUGCUCACCGCCGGACUGGACGCCGAAAAAGGCUCGCUGCUGUACCCGGCCUGCGCUCCUGCCGACCUGAGUAACGACCGGUUCUACAACGCCUUCUACGCCCCGCGCUGGCAGAUCAACGCCACCCAGUACGGACACGGCGACUUUCUGGACGACGAGUUCUGGGCGCUCAUCAAGGACACCAAAUUCUGCGCCUUCUGCUCGGAGGAGGACUGCGCUAACCGCGCCGGCUACCGCGACUACCAGGCCGGCCAGAUCGUCUCCUUCGCGAUGGCCUCGACGGACCCGGCCGGCCACUGCGACCAGCUGCAGUACAUCGAGGACCCGGCGCUGAUGCCCGUGGCCACCGUCAUCAGAAACAACCGGCCCGACGACGUGUGCAGCCGGUUCAUGGCCGGCUGCGCCCGGCCCUAGGCGGACUGUCCAGUGCAGAGGCCGAGGGCGGCCUGUGUACAGUGCCACGCUGUCCAGGCCCUAAGCGACCCGUGCAGCGGCUACAGGGCGGCCAGACCGCGUCUGCCCCUAGUGAUGUUUAACGUGUUAUCACUGAAUGAAAACAGAAGGGCUCCGUGCCAGCCGAAAGGUCGCCGUCACAUGUGACUUGUCGCCAAGUGUGUCUAGCAUAUUGCACGAGUGCAGUUUCGUUUUCAGCGUUACCAUGUGUGAGGAACUGGGAGAUAACGAGCGGUCGUCAGUGCGUUUCCCCAUUGCAUCAUAGGGCAUUUCUGGCGAGUGGGUGACCAUGUCUUCACGGUUGGGGUGGUUGGCCCGUGCAGUUCGGCUGGUUCGCCGGCGCGGUGGUGGAACUCGGCCAGAUAGUGACGGUGACGCGUCACUUCCGUCACCUGUGCAGUCACGUGGCAGCCGUAUGUCAGGUGACUGGCGCCGCGAUGUGGGCGGGGUGGGUGGCGCCUCCCGCACGGCGUCGGCCCGGCCUCAGCUGGCCGGAUCCCAGGGCCGAUAGCUGCUCUGGGCCGACUGGCGCGUGCCCCCCCCCACCCCUGGCCGGGAGGGGAGGGGCAGCGUGGACAGCCAGGGUGUGGCUGAGAAAGCCGGCACUGCACUGCUGCUGAGUGCUGAGAGUGUGGACACGUGUCACGCGGUGAGCUGUGACACAUGUCACAGUUUGUGAUAUGGCAUUUAAGGAUAUAAAACUCAAUAAAAAAUGACAAUGCGCA